CCCAAUGUUGAAAAUGUGGCCCCAAAUGAGGUGGAGCAAUUGCCUGUUAUCAUUCCUACUGAUGUGCAUGUAGAAACUAAUGAACAUGUUGAUAUGAACCAUGAUUCACACACUAAUGAAGAUGAGACUAUUUCUAAUGAGGUGGAGCAUGAUAAUGUAGAAUCACAUGUUGAAAAUUAUUUGCAUGACUAUCAACUUGCUAGGGAUAGAAAUAGAAGAACCAUUAGCAAACCUGCGAGAUAUGUUGAUGACUAUUUUAAACCUAUCUCUGUGAUUGUGCAUUGAUCUUUUGUUCUUUCUUGUCUUUGUGACCUUUUUUGCUUUUUUUUUUGUUUUUGAACUCGAUGACCCAAUGGUAGAGUUCGACUCUUCGUGAGUUAUUUUUGGCAUGCUUUAUGAUGUUGCCCAGUCUUUGUGACUUGAGAGUACUUAGUGAACUCUCCACCACUACGUGUGUUCUCAUUUGUUGAUUACACAUUUAGUGGUUAUAAGGCUAUGAUGAGUCCCGCGGUUCCUUGUCAAACUAUGUGCACUACUUUGGGCCAAAGGUGGAGAUUGUUAAUUUAUUUGGGUUGGCCCAAACAUAUUAAUAAUAUUUGACACCCAACCCAGCAGCCCAUUUACUCAAGCCCAACCUUUAUUCCUAACCUAAUUAAGCUUACCUUAAUUAGCUCCUAAAUCUCUACUAUAAAUUGAGGCUUCCCCUUUGUGUUUCUUCACCGUGAAAAAUAUUCCUUCUCUUUGUGAGUUCUUUGUGUGAUAUUUCUCUUCCUCUGUGAGUUCAUCUCAGUUCUUCUCCGUUUCUUUGUGAGUGGAGUGUGGCGAGGUUGGGUUGGGGUGUUGCUCCUUUUGGUACCCUUGUAGUGCACAACUACGGACCGAUUUUUACGGGUGACCUGAGCCUAAUCGGAAUAAAUACACAUAACAAGAUGAAUUAUGUGUCAUAUCGUGAAUGGUUGCAUAUAAAGUGGCAUAGGAGAGGUACCGGAGCAAUCCAUGCUCUCCACUCACGCUAGGAGGAGGACUGGACACCUACUUAGCUUGGGGCAAGAGGCAAUUGAAUUCUUGGAUUUGUUUGUCUAGAAUUGAAGUGGAAUGUGACAAUCAAUAUGAAAGAGGAAAUGAAUGGGAAGCUAUAAUGGGCAAGGAAUAUGGGCCACCAAAGGGGGGGUGUUAAAAUGAAGAAAUAGGAGAAAAGGCUUUUUACCAUUCUCCAUCCACCUUUUGUGUUUUGCCAAACUUAGCUUUGAACAGUGGUGCACCAUGUUCCUCUAAGCUCUCUACCUAGCCAAAGCAUAUAGUUAGGUCAAAUUUAAAAGCUAAGUUUUGAAUGGGGAAAUGAUGAUGGCACCUACUUCUCCUCCAUUCCAAGGAUGGGCCUUGGCACAAUUAUAUUAGUGCAAAAAGAUAUUUCAUUGUCACAACUCACAAGGAAACAUAAAUCAAUUCGAUGGUAUGAAGUGUAAAAUAUUAGAUCUCUGCAAAUAUUAGAGAUUUAAUUUUAAGCUAUCGAUCAGAUUGAGAUAUCAUGGACUAAAACUUAAUUUAUCGAUCGUCUCUCGUUUAAUUUCGAUAAAAGAAAAACAAUCUCAUAUCGUCGUCAUCUUCCACAAGCUUCCCGUCCACAAUUCUCAGGAGGUAUAGGCUAGAAAUGUCAUUGGCUGCUAGCGCUGUUGUAAGUCCUGCUAUAAUUCCAACAGGAAAUCAAUGUUGUAAACAACACAUCAAGCAUUUUCCUUUUAUUCCACUUGGACUAAAGCCUUUUCAUGCAAAACUACUACUCAGUGAAGGUAGAAGACAUUCUUCGCAGGGGAGACGUUCUUCCAUAUUUUCUUCAGCUGUUCUGAAUGCAAGAUGUGCUGCCGAAGGGCAAACCCAAACCGUUACCCGUCAGUCAUCAACCAUUACAGUUGCGCCUAGUCAAGGAAAGGAGAAAUCUCCAGAGCUUGACGAUGGUGGGGCAGGAUUUCCGCCCCGUGAUGAUGACGGAGGCGGUGGUGGUGGUGGGGGCGGAGGCAAUUGGUCGGGCGGGUUCUUCUUCUUUGGCUUUCUUGCAUUGUUGGGACUUUUAAAGGACCGAGAAAGUGAAGGGCCUUAUCAAGAAGACAGAAGAUGAAUCGAGAGCAUUUUCUGUGCAGUCGCGGUAUCUCAUAUUCCCUCUACGGUUUUUAAUGGCAAAUGCUUCUGGGGCUGUUUUGGUUCAUACAGACGAGAAGAUAAUGUCAUGUUCUUGAGGCCGAUUAUAUUGCAAUUUUACUAUUGAAAGAGGCACUUCUAAGCACACAUUAGCAUCUAAAGAGCCAUCUCUAGGCCUAGCUGAAAAAGGCAUGCCCCUAGAGUCCCUAAAUUUAUAGGGCUCCAAAUCUUUUAAGGUCAUAUUAGGGGUACACCAAAUGGUAUACUCCAUUUGUACACCAAGGCUUUUACAAACAGACACAGGUCAAACUUUCAAUGUCUGUGCAUGAACAAAUAUUGAGUCUCUGUGCGUUUGUAAAAGUUUUGGUAUACAAAUGAGGUAUACUAUAUGGGGUACCCUAUCAUUAUUGAUCUUUUAAACAUGUACUCCGUGUUAUGGACAUCUUUGUAUUCAAAAUUUCUUUAAACAAGUUGUGAAGCAUUCACUUUUUUCUCUCUCUCAAAGGACAUUAGAGAAAGUAAGCUUUUCAAGACUAUUGG